CAAUCUUUUCUGAUAUCAUAUGGUCACCGCCUCGCAUAUCUAUCAACUGAAGUGUGAAAAAUGGCGAUCUGUAUCCCCAAUCGGCAGUUGUUUGUCGACGGCGAGUGGAGGGAGCCUGUACUCAAGAAGCGCUUCCCUAUCAUAAACCCGGCCACCGAAGAAAUCAUCGGUGAUAUUCCAGCAGCCACUGCUGAAGAUGUGGAACUCGCAGUGGAUGCUGCUCGGAGAGCGCUCUCUAGGAACAAAGGGAGAGAUUGGUCGUCGGCAUCAGGUGCAGUCCGUGCCAAGUAUUUACGCGCUAUUGCUGCUAAGAUAACAGAGAGAAAAUCUGAACUAGCAAAACUUGAAGCAAUUGAUUGUGGCAAACCACUUGAAGAAGCAGCAUGGGACAUGGAUGAUGUUGCUGGUUGUUUUGAGUACUAUGCAGACCUUGCUGAAGGUUUAGAUGCAAAGCAGAAGGCUGCUGUCUCUCUUCCCAUGGAAACAUUUAAGUGUUAUGUGCUUAAGGAGCCCAUUGGUGUUGUUGCAUUAAUUACUCCAUGGAAUUACCCACUAUUGAUGGCAGCAUGGAAAGUGGCUCCAGCUCUGGCUGCAGGUUGUGCAGCAAUAUUAAAGCCUUCCGAGUUGGCAUCUGUGACCUGCUUGGAGCUGGCUGCAGUGUGUAGAGAGGUUGGCCUUCCUCCUGGUGUUCUCAAUAUUUUAACUGGACUGGGCCCUGAAGCUGGUGCUCCUUUGGCAUCCCAUCCCCAUGUUAACAAGAUUGCAUUUACUGGAAGCACAGCAACAGGUAGCAGGAUAAUGACAGCAGCAGCCCAGAUGGUUAAGCCUGUCUCUUUAGAGCUUGGUGGGAAAAGCCCGAUAGUUGUGUUUGAUGAUGUUGACAUUGACAAGGCUGCGGAAUGGACUGCAUUUGGUUGCUUCUGGACAAAUGGUCAAAUCUGCAGUGCAACAUCCCGGCUUAUUGUACAUGAAAGCAUUGCAGCAGAGUUUCUGGACAGACUUGUGAAAUGGGUCAAAAACAUUAAGAUUUCUGAUCCCUUGGAAGAAGGGUGCAGGCUUGGCCCUGUUGUUAGUGGUGGGCAGUAUGAGAAAAUAUUGAAGUUCAUCUCAACAGCUAAAAGUGAGGGUGCAACCAUUUUGUGUGGUGGAGUUCGUCCUCAGCAUUUAAAGAAGGGAUUCUUUGUUGAGCCAACUGUGAUCACUGAUGUAACAAACUCCAUGCAAAUCUGGAGGGAAGAAGUUUUUGGACCUGUUAUAUGUGUUAAAACAUUUAGUACUGAAGAUGAAGCCAUUGAAUUGGCAAAUGAUACCCAUUUUGGUUUGGCUGCUGCUGUGAUAUCAAAUGACUUAAAGAGAUGUGAUCGCGUUAGCAAGGCUUUCGAGGCAGGUAUUGUGUGGAUCAAUUGUUCACAGCCUUGUUUCUGUCAAGCUCCAUGGGGAGGCAACAAGCGCAGUGGUUUUGGGCGUGAAUUAGGAGAAUGGGGACUUGAUAAUUACUUGAGCGUGAAGCAGGUUACCCAAUAUAUCUCUGAUGAACCAUGGGGGUGGUAUAAGUCUCCAUCAAAGCUAUGAGAGCACCAUAAUCUGUGAAAUAAGGUGAGAAAGGCUACCAGUAGCAUGAACUCAAUAUCGAAGAGACUGAGUGAUUGGUAGUUAUUAUUAUAUAAUAAUUGAAAAAAUGAGAGAACUAGUUGUUUCUUCAUUAUUUUCUUUUCUUUUCUGUGCAUUAUUAAUCCGACAAUCAGUGCCGUCAUCAUUCCCAUCAUUGCUUGCUUGGCAGCAUUUUACUGCUGAGGGCAAGUGGUUGGAAGCUGCAUGAUUAAACUCUCUUCUUCUAGAAGUUAUUGUGUUAUAUACUAAAUAAAUUUUCUGUCUCCUCAUAAUAAUCACUUAUUUACUUUGGUUGUGUUUGGUUAAUAGCUCUUUUUUUUAUCAAAGUAAAUUACAUAAAAAUAUGGUAGGAAGUAUGAAGUAGUUAUAUCAAUUUUCGUCUAAUGGGUUAUGCUUGGAGAAGCAUUUGGGAGGCGAGGACUGUUCUUCAGUGGGGCCGCUGACUGGAGAUGACUGGGGCACUAGAGUUUGGGAGGACCCAUGGUUGCCAGGUUGUCUUGUCACGGUUGAGGGUGUCUACUGCUAAGUCAGCUGGUUGUGAUGUGGAAUUUAUUAAUAAGCUGAUUGAUGAUGA